ACAGACACUGGGCCUCGUGGGAUGCAGACAUAAGGGCUCAGGAAGCUGGCUGGUGUCAUUGCAAAGCUGCCCUUUGCCUUUAAAGGGUCUUGGCAAUUGGGGAGUGUUUCUGAAGACUAUCUCAAGGCAUCGCUCCUGUCUUGAAAAGCAAAAAAGAGAACCUGGGGAAUUACAGGCUACUGAGCCUCACUUCCCUGGAAAGGUGAUGGAGUAACUAAACCCUGGAUGCCAUUUCCAGAAGGACAGGAAGGACAGUAUGGCUUCAUAAAUAGGAAAUCAUGCUUAACCAACCUGAAAGCCUUCUAUGAUGAGAUGACUGGCUUGGCAGAUGAGGAGGAGAGCAAUAGAUGUUUACCUUAACUUUAGUGUUCCAUAACAUCCUCAUAAGCAAGCUGAUGAAGUGUGGGCUAGUUGAAUGGACAGUUAAUCGGACUGAAACUGAACUGCUGGGCUGAGAGCAUUGUGAUCAUCAGCAGCAUGAAGUCCAGCUGGAGGCCAGUUACCAGUCUUGUGCCCUAGGGUUCAAUAUGGGGCCAAUACUGUUCGGUAUCUUCAUUAAUGACUUGGAUGCUGGGAACAAAUGCAUCUUCAACAAGUUUGCUAAUAACACAAAAACUGGGUAGUGUGGCUGAUGCACCAGAUGAUUGUCUUCCUGUUCAGAGGUAUCUCAACAGGUUGGAUACGUGGGCUGAGAGAAACCUCAUAAAGUUCAGCACGGUGAAGUGUAAAGUCCUGCACUUGGGGAGGAAUAAGCCCAUGCACCUGUACAGGCUGGGGGUCAACUAACUGGAAAACAGCUUGACAGGAAAAGGUUGAACAUGAGCCAGCAAUGGGCCCUCAUGGCAAAGGAGAUAUCAAGUAUCCUGGGCUGUAUUAGGCAGUCUUACGAGCAUGUUGAGGGAGGUGAUCCUUCUUCUCCUCUACUCAGCCGUGGUGAGGCCUCACCUGGAGUGCAGUGUCCCUGCUGGGCUCCCCAGUAAAAGACAAACAUGGACCUGCUGGAGCGAGUCUGGUGAAGAGCCGUGAAGAGGAUUAAGGGACUGUCAUACAAGGAGAGGCUGAGAGAGCUGGGACUCUUCCUCCUGAAGAGGAGAAGGUGUGGGCAGGGAGGGGAUUUCACAUGUGUUUGUACAUAUCUCAUGAGAAGGUGUAUAGAGAACUGGAACAGACUCCUCCUGGUGGUGCCCAGUCACAGGAUGACAGGCACUGAAACACAGGCAACUCCACUUGAAUGCAAGAAAACAGUUUACAGUGAGGGUGGCUGAGCACUGGAUCAUUUUGCCUGAAUAGGCUGUGGAGUCACUGUCCUUGGAGAUACUCAUAAGUUCUCUGGAUGCAGUCCUGGGCAACCUUCUGCAGCUGACCCUGCUUUGAGCAAGAGAGUCAGAUCAGAUGAUCUCCAGAGGUCCUGUCCAACCCAGACUGUUCUGUCAUUCUGUGAAUUAAACAGUGUGUGGUUUCUUUCAAAAAUAAGUGUAUACUUGGUCAUAAUAAUCCCUCAGAUUGCUUCAGGAAAGGAGAACUGAGAUACAAUCCAAAGAAAAACAGUAUGAUGGAUUCAGAAGGUUGUGCCCCAAUGAAUUCAAAGCAAGAUCUAAGUCAUCACAUAAAGGCUACAUCUGGUAAACAUUAUCUUUGUGGCUAUUGUGCUGCCUUCACAAAUAUAGCAGUCACUUUUCCUAUCCAGAAGGUCCUUUUUCGACAGCAAUUGUAUGGCUUGAAAACAAAGGAUGCAGUACAUCAGUUACAGAAGGAUGGAAUUCGAAAUCUCUAUCGUGGCAUUCUUCCUCCGUUAAUGCAGAAAACGACGACUCUGGCUCUGAUGUUUGGGUUGUAUGAAGAUUUCUCCUCAUUGCUUCAUAGCCACACAAGUGCCCCUGAGCUCUUCACCCGUAGCAUAGCAGCAGUGCUUGCAGGGACCACCGAAGCUGUUCUUACACCUUUUGAGCGAGUUCAGACUUUGCUUCAGGACUACAAAUAUCAUGACAAAUUUACAAACACUUACCAGGCUUUCAAGGUACUUAAAGACUAUGGGAUUAGAGAAUACUAUCGGGGUUUGGUACCUAUUCUGCUUCGAAAUGGACCCAGUAAUGCACUCUUCUUUGGCCUGCGUGGACCCAUCAAACAAUGUCUGCCUGAAGCAACUUCUUACAGCACUCAUUUGGUCAAUGACUUCAUUUGUGGAGGGCUGUUGGGUGCCAUGCUGGGAUUCUUAUUUUUCCCAAUGAAUGUUGUAAAAGCCCGCAUGCAGUCUCAAAUUGGCGGUGAAUUUCAGUCUUUCUCAACAGUUUUUGUGAAGAUCUGGCUAGAACGUGAUAGAAAAUUGAUUCAUCUUUUCAGAGGAGCCCAUCUAAAUUACCAUCGUUCUAUCCUGUCCUGGGGCAUAAUCAAUGCAACUUAUGAAUUCCUGCUAAAGCUGUUGUGAAAAAUACUGUCUACCUUUGCAGUCCUUCUGUUCACUUGGGUAUUGGCACUCUUGAGGUCCCUUAACCCUGGAGAACAGAUUAGUUUAUGGAACUUUUUAUGAAUGACAUGGAGUAUCAUGGAACAUGAGAGAAUUCAAGGCAGCAGUUAUUUCAGUAGGUAGAUGAGUGCCUGCUUAGUUUGAAAAGUAAUCUUGGCCUUCAGUAUUUAUGGGGUGAAUGAUGGUGCAUCUAAACCUUGAUGCAGUUAACUCUAAAUAUUUAUGCACUGGCAGUUCAAUUUGCCCAUAAUGGAAUUAUUAGACAAAUGCAAGGUUUAAACAACAAUAAAAAAACUUAUUCCAGAUCACUCCCACAAUUUUUAACACUCCAGGAACUGAAAAUGGUUCACAGUGUGCAUUGUAGAAUGUUAAAGUCAAGGAGGGCUUGAUGAAAGUUAUUUCUCUUGCUUGAUAGACUUCAAAACCUUGAUGUAAGAACUACAUUCUGAAAUGUUUGGGAAUUCUAAGUUAUCGUUAUAGUUUAAAACUAUAUGGAUGAAUCCAAAUGAGGAUGACUGACUUAUUGAACCUCAAACUUGAAUUAAACCUACACAAUCUAUUCUGCAACUAUCUUACAUUGCUGAAUGAACAGUUCAUGUUAAAGCCAAGCAGUAAAAGCAGUUACCGAAUGUUUAACUUCGGUGUGAGCUGACAGCAGUUCAGAGUGGGAUUGUGUAUGUGUGUGCCUUGAUGUGAAAAGGGAGAUGUGGAAAGAAUGAAACAGCAAUUUUACUUAAAGCUUUAAAGUGUCCUUCCUUGUUAAAAACCUACUUGUGAAUACGGAGUACUUGAUUUUUUUUUUUUUGUUUGUUUUUUUGCAUUGCUUUGUUUCUAUUGUAAACAGCUGUGGUGCCAGAAAGAUGGCUGCUCUUUCUAUAAUGUUAAUAUAAUAAAUAGUUUAGCUUCUCCUUGUUGUGAAAGUAGUUUACGAACAGUUCUUUUGUACUGUGGUAUCCUGUGUUUUGCAUUUUGCAAAUUAUUUUGUUUCAUUUGGGCUGUGGUAUAAUUGUAGCAGUUCUACCCACUUUAUGCACGCUCUGUACAAUUCUAUCUUACAGAUUGUUUAUCAGCACUUAUAAGGUGACAUUUCUGGGUAUAAACACUUAUACAGAGAUCUACAAGUACAGUGGAGAUAAUACUAGGAGACAGCUGAUGAGGACCUUAGAUGCAGCUAGAUAGGAGAAAUGCAGCAUUUGGAGAAACCCUUAAGGAGUUUUGUAGGCUUGAGUGCCAGGAAACACUUGUGGAAAUGUGAAGUUUUGUCUGCAUUGAAGACUUGGGAGACAAGAGAGGUAAGAUUUAAAGCAUUAGAGAAGGGUACAGGACAGCAAGCGUGACCAACAACCAGAUGUGAUUGUCUUAAAAACAAUUUGAUUCUUUGUGGGAGAUAGGAAGAAUUCCCCAAAUGUCACAAAAUAUUCUGUUUUGGGGGUGAACAGGGAAACUUUCAGAAUCCGUUCCAAAUUGGUCUUUUCCUAAGCUUUAGAGUGGCUAUUACAUUUAUUAUUUAUUUGCUGUACUUGUCCCCAGAGAUUGAUUCUAAACAGUACAUUAUGGAUAUAAUCAUAUAAUAGUACCUAGCUUCACAGUAAAAAUGACCAGGCACCAGUCAGCAUUAUUUCUAUCUCAAUGUUGUGAUUAUACACAUUUAAAUAAAAUGUCUGUUGAAUGUUUGUUACUCGCAGAA